AUGGGGAUAAGGGGUUAUCCCUCCCUUAAUUAUCCUAUNGUUUUUGUGGUCGGCAAGCAAGACCGCGUCGAACAUUGUGCCAGCAUCUCUGAGCUCGAGCACCUUAAGCUUGUCGGCGAGCUGGAGAUCAAGGGUCUUGAAAAUGUGACGAGUCCGGUCGAUGCCAAGGCUGCAAAUUUGAUAGAGAAGAACCUGCGGUCUUUGAAGUUGGAAUGGAACGUUUUAAGUGCGGAAGAAGGCAUGGACAGUACUGUACUACCGGUGGAAGAGAUGGAAACCGUGCUAGAAAAUCUUCAACCACAUAUAAAGCUAGAGAAUUUGGAAAUAGGAGGCUAUGGAGGCGGGAAGUUUCCUAGCUGGAUGAUGAAUAGGAUUGGCUCGUGCCUCCCAAAUCUCGUUGGAAUCAGAGUUGAGAAUAUGCCCGGAUGCAGCUCACUCCCGCCGCUGGGGCAACUCCCUUUUCUUAAAGCACUAACUAUACGAAAUAUGCCCGCGGUAACAAAUUUGGGCGUAGAUAAGUUCCCUGCGCUGAUGAGACUUAACUUGUCCUCCAUGCCGGUGCUGCGAGAAUGGGUGACUGUGUUGACGGUGGAUGACGAAGAAGGCAGGCGAGAGCGAGUUCCCAUUUUUCCGUGUCUCACUCAUUUGUACCUUGAAGAAUGCCCUCAAUUGAGGCCGGAGCCUUGCCUCCCGCCAUCGGUUAAGUCUCUGGACUUCUACAGAACAAGCAAGGAGAAUCUAUCGUUGAUACUCGAACGCGCGAUGCCAUUUGGAGGUGGUGAUGCCGCUGUUUCACCCCAACCGCCACCAGAUAAGGGGCUGCGGAGUCUAGGAAUACGAGGAUGCGAGCAGCUAACUUGUUUGCCCGAGAGCUUGCGGAGUCUCACGUCCCUCCAGCGCCUGGAAAUAUGGAGUUGCCAAGAUCUUGAGAGAAUUGAAGAUUGGCUCGGGGAGCUCACCGAGCUGCAGUGCUUGUUCAUCAAUGGGUGCAGCAGUCUCCGUUACUUGCCUGCCCACAAGAUGACCACACUUAAGAUAUUACACAUUGUUGGUUGCCCGCUGUUGUUCGAUGCAGAUGGACAAUUUGUCGACACCAGUGUCGAUCACAUCAAAUAUGUCUAUGUUGAUGGAAGGUAGCAAGCUACCUGCUUCAUUCAUUAAGCAACAUGAAUUUAGCAUACAAACUGGAAGCAGCUAGGGCCUCCGAACCGAGGGAACGAGGAAAAAACAAGAGAACAAAAACCAGGUCCGUGCGACCUAGGAAACAAGUGAAAACCAAAAUAAACAAAAAUGGAAAAACAGAGGGCAAAGCGCAGAUCUCGGGAGAGAAUCAAAGUGCUCCGUUCCAGGCAUCGAUCAAAACGGCGACACGUUCGAGAGCCCGGGAAACAUUAAGAGGUACGUCGCGGAAGCAAAUGCUGUUACGCUCCGUCCAGAUAACCCACCAAAUUGCCGCCAACUUGGUUAAAAUAUUUGAUCUCGUUACAGCCUCGGGAAUGUCCGAGAACUGUGUCCAAAGCUGUCGUACAUCCCCCUCAUCCGAAACCGCCUCCACUAAA